GUGACUACUUCCGGUGCUGUGAGGGCUCGGGGCUGACGCGGGGUAAUUCUUCUCCUGCAAUUACUUUUGGAUGGAAGUAUGCACUUUCCCCAAUAGAAGAUGGUAAUCUCAGAGAAUGACCAUGGAGAAGGGGAUGAGUUCUGGAGAAGGGCUGCCUUCCAGAUCAUCUCAGGUUUCGGCUGCUAAAAUAACAGUCAAAGAGUUGGAAACAAAGCAAUCCCAUAAGGAGAAGCGAGGGGGCUUUGUGUUGGUACAUGCAGGUGCGGGUUAUCAUUCUGAGUCCAAAGCCAAGGAAUAUAAACAUGUAUGCAAACGAGCUUGUCAGAAGGCAAUUGAAAAGCUACAGGCUGGUGCUCUUGCUACAGAUGCAGUGACCGCAGCUCUGGUGGAACUCGAGGAUUCUCCAUUUACAAAUGCAGGAAUGGGAUCUAAUCUAAAUCUCUUGGGUGAAAUUGAAUGUGAUGCCAGCAUAAUGGAUGGAAAAUCCUUAAAUUUUGGAGCUGUUGGAGCACUGAGUGGAAUCAAGAACCCAGUCUCAGUUGCAAACAGACUCUUGUGUGAAGGGCAGAAGGGCAAGCUCUCGGCUGGCCGAAUUCCUCCCUGCUUUUUAGUUGGAGAAGGAGCCUACAGAUGGGCAGUAGAUCAUGGAAUACCCUCUUGUCCUCCUAACAUCAUGACCACAAGAUUCAGUUUAGCUGCAUUUAAAAGAAACAAGAGGAAACUAGAGCUGGCAGAAAGGGUGGAAACAGAUUUCAUUCAACUAAAGAAAAGAAGACAAUCAAGUGAAAAGGAGAAUGACUCGGGCACUUUGGACACAGUGGGCGCUGUAGUUGUGGACCACGAAGGGAACGUUGCUGCUGCUGUCUCCAGUGGAGGCUUGGCCUUGAAGCAUCCAGGGAGGGUUGGACAGGCUGCUCUGUAUGGAUGUGGCUGCUGGGCUGAAAACACUGGAGCUCAUAAUCCCUACUCCACAGCUGUGAGUACCUCAGGAUGUGGGGAGCAUCUUGUGCGUACCAUACUGGCUAGAGAAUGUUCACAUGCUUUACAAGCUGAAGAUGCUCACCAAGCACUGUUGGAGACUAUGCAAAACAAGUUUAUCAGUUCACCUUUCCUGGCCAGCGAAGAUGGCGUGCUUGGAGGAGUCAUUGUUCUCCGAACUUGCAGAUGUUCUGCAGAGUCUGACUCCUCCCAAGAUAAGCAGACACUUCUAGUGGAAUUUCUGUGGAGCCACACGACAGAGAGCAUGUGUGUUGGAUACAUGUCAGCCCAGGAUGGGAAAGCCAAGACUCACAUUUCAAGACUCCCUCCCGGUGCAGUGGCAGGACAGUCCGUGGCAAUCGAAGGUGGGGUUUGCCGCCUGGAGAGCCCAGUGAACUGACCCUCAGGCUGAGCAUGAAGCGUCUGAGAGGCAUUUCAGAACCUGAGCUUUUCGGGGUUUUUAACUGAACUUGGAUGUUUUAUCUUCGCCAUUUUAUAAUUCCUGUUGCAGCCUCGUGCACUGCUCGCGACACUAGUGCUGCCGUGGUUAGCGCUUAGUGACAUGCAGGUCUUCGGCAGGUGACGGGACUGAGUGUGCGUGUGUAUGUGCGUGCGUGUGCAGUGCGUGUGCUUGCUUCUCCCCUGAUGAAAUAGAAACUCCUUACUGUGUAACCUAAGACCGGGAAUGACUAAAUCAUCUUCACAAAAUGUGUGCUUUACUGUUUACAAGUAAAACCUAGAGUUGCAGGAAACAUUUUUGAUUUCAUAAAGAGGUACCAGCUGUUGUUGGUGUAAUGUGUCCGAACUGAAGAGUAAAUCUACUUGUUUAAAUGAUUUGACAGUGGUAGUGCUCCAUUCAAUAACAGUAAUAAGUGAUACAGUGUUUUAUUUGUUAACCAGUUUAAGUGGAUCCUGUAGUAACUUAAACUGUUAUUCUCAUCCCUCAUAUGGGGCAUUUUUCUUUAACAAAGAAUGGUUUCAGUGAAACAAUCUAGCAGAGAAUUAAGGUCAGAACCUUUUUAAAUAAUAGUCUUAUUGAUAAAGUUUGUACUUCUUUCCUCAAGCUUUUCUAAGCUUAAAAACUGCAUAUCUUUGAGCUAUAUGUACUAUAUUAUGAAAGAAUAUGUAAAGAGAACAUACAGUAAUGCACAGUCCCUAAUUUGUGUAUAAUGGAAUGUUAUUUACAAUGUAACACUGUAAAUAAGAAAGCAAAAUUUAUGGGAAAAUUCAAUAUUAUCUUUGUUUCCUGUUUAAAUAUAUUUUUAAGAUAAAGGCACAAAAAUAAAAGAAGCAUAUUACUGAGUACAGUGUGUGACUCCUCUUCUCAGACUAAUAAAUUAAUCUUUUGA